GCGGUUUUUAGGGGAUGUCGUUGGACCGUGCCAGGGAACUAACGGAUAUCAAUUUCUGGGGCGCGGUAAUGGUAAGCUUUGAGGCAGUUAGAUCCUUUAGAGAAAAAAACCAGAAGGGUUAUGAGGGGUGCUCAUCCAAGUAUCGAGCAUGGCAGCGACCACCGCAGUCCCGUUGGUCAGGUUCUCCAAUACCACAAAAGCAGAUGAAUUGGUUGUGCUAUUUAUGGCACAUUCUGUGACUUCGACUCACCACCGCUAGCCUUGGAUCCGUUCACUGAGGUCCUGGCACAAGAAGUCCUUCCUGCUUGGAACAUUCGUUCCGUGAAUGUUCACCCAGGUUGGACGCGCACGCCAAUUGUAUCAAGCAAUGAGAUGCUUGAGCCUCCAGUACUGUAUGCAUUGGAACCA